CAUAUUUGAAAAGUUAAGCGCCAAACAUAGAAACCUAUUUCUCCCCCAAAAUUUUCAAUUCUCACACAACAAUGGCGUCUUCAACACUGUUUAUCGCUCUUCAAUGCUUCAAUUGCUCCACCAUGCAGGUAAAGCAAAAGAAGAAAAGCAGCAACAAAUGGAACUGCGUUGUGUGCAAUCAAAAACAAUCUGUUCGCAAAAUCUUCGCUCAAGGUUACAAAGCUAAGGACAUUCGCUCUUUCGUUCAAUCCGUCAAUAUGUCCAGAAAGUCCAUUGAAGAAGAUGAUCAACAGCAGUGGCUCCUCGCCGGAACCCUAAAUCCUACACCAGAGGAACAUGUUCGCGGAGAAUAUGAAUUUCCAGCUGAUUUCAACAAUAAGAAGAACUGUACUACUGAUUGGAGUGUGUAUCUCGAUAAUGACGAUCAUCGUGCUACUGAGAGAGACGAACAACAACAACAUGAAGAUGACUUUGAGCCAUUGGUCGUGACUGAGUUGCCCAAUGGCAUGCUCAAGAAGCGCAAAUCGGUGGAUAAUUCAACUCCAAGAUGUGGCAGGCGUUUUAAAAGCCCACUGUUCCAAAACUCUGAAGAUGCAGGAGAGCCAGUAAAAGAUCAGAGAAGAAUCACAGUAUUGACUGAAAGCAAUUCACAGAGAAAUAGUAUAGUUACAUCAGCUAAUCAGAGGACUCAGAAAUGCAAACAAGCAAUCAACACUUCAACCUCCAAAUGGAAUGAUUACUUAGCUGAGGACAACUUAGAACAUGGAUACAAUAAGAGAGGCUUCAACUUCAAGGACACUUCAGGUUCAUGGAACAGCAAUGACAUCUUAGAGGCCAUAACUGGCGAGCAAAGAGUAGAAGAUGAUAUUCACCCUGAUUUUAUGUGACUUUUAUAAAAUCAGGUAUUACAUAAAAGUGUUUGAUUCUGUAUAAGUGUACAAAUAAUCUAACAACUCCACGCAUGUUUCUUCUGCUCUCAUUUAAAUGAAUUUCCAAUUGUAGGGUUUUGGAUAUGGUAUUAUACUCGUAUUCAAGCUAAAUUUGUAUUCAAACUAUUCUUGCAUGAGUAACAUUUAUUACAUACAUUCUUAUCCAUCAAAUAACUGAUGAAUCACUUCCAAAUCAUCAUGAUGCUAAUAUUGAAGGAUAUUUUCAACAAGGAGAUUGAUUCCCA